UUAUCCCGUGUUAGUACUAAAUAUUGAGCGGCUAACCCAGAUUGUUUUGGCGUUUCUAUUACCUUCUUUUUCAUUUAGUAGGCAGCAUUUUUACCCAAACUAAUAUUUCACCUACAUUUUUGAGACGCCAUUAUAUUAAAUGAAUAUAAAUCUGCACACCAAAAAUACAGCUCUUGUUUUGUUAACAAAGGUCGCUCUGACACGAAAUGAAAUGAGUUCAGCUCGACCAUAAUAGCGGCGUGUAGCGGCGCCGCCUCUUGUCUCCUCUCUGCCGCUAGAUGGCGCGCCGAGUCCAGUUUGUGAAGGAUUAGCGGCGUCUGCUGCAGUCUGCAUUUCUGCAAUAUUUUUCCAGUAUAGCGUCAAGUGCAAAUCAUGAGAUGGCAUUCAAAGGCAAAGCGGUCGAUUCAAAGACCGUGCUGCUCAAUCUCCUGCUCUGCCUGCUGAUAUUUUAUUCUCUUUUCUAUAUGAUCGGGAGCGUGUGCUUCGGCGCGUUCAGAUUAAAUCACUUUGACGGUCUGAUUCCAUUUGACUUUAAGACUGAACCUGCUGAUUCUAACUCCAAAUACCUGGUUAACCUCUUGUCCCUGGAGCUCACUUACUUCUGCAGUGGCCUGUUUUUUGCUGCAGUGGUUAAGAAGCAAGUAUGGGAUUAUGCCCUCACUGUCACACUACUUCAUAUAAUAAUCACCAGUUUAGUAAUGUUGGAAGUUCCAAUGGUGUGGCAGUGGUGGCUGGCUUUGGGUAGGACAAAUGUCACAAUUUUUAAAAAAUCUAAUGUAAAGUGUCCUUUAAACAUCCUUUGUUUUCUUUCAGGUAGUGGUCUAUUUCUGAUGAUUUGCAACGGUCAGCUGAUCUCCUACUUCAUGUGUCAGAAUGAUCAAAGCCAUGCGACCUUCAGCCUCUACUGAAACGAUGAAGGCAAUCCUGUUUAUAGUCUCAAAGCAGGCUUGUUAAGUGAGACAAAAAGGAUCAGAGCAGAUGCUCUUCUCCCUGAGACGGCUAUUAAAUUCUCCACAGUGAUAGAUUUUCUCUGUUUGUCACUAAAAAAAGGCACAACAUCAAACAUAAUGUCAAGGCCAGCUGCAGUUUGUGUUUAAUGGUUUUCAGUAGAAUGGCAUCCUGUAGUGUUCUUGCUUGCAAUGCACGUCUUCUGUCACUAUGCAGUAUCAAGGUAAACGUCUUUCAACGUUUAGUAAGCUGUGAAUGUAUAGAUGAAAUGGGUAUUUUAUUUUAUACUGUGUUUUUAAUACAAAUCCAAAAAUGUAAGAAAAAUAAAUUAACAUUGAUAA